AUGCGCGAAGCACUCGUGAAGCUUGUUUCUUCAAAAAGGACCGUCCAGGCACUUCUGAGCCUGUUCUAUCAGUUUGGUCAGAAUGGGAAAUUCUCAGAUAACCAGCUUUACUUCUUCCCGUACUACGCCGACCUCAACCGCUUGAGCGAGUGGCGAUGCUACAUCAAGAGAAGCCACAUUGUCGCCAUCAGCCAGAGCAGGUUCUAUCAGCCAAAUCACGCCGGCAUCACAGACGAGAUGCUGGGUAGGCUGGCAUCUCAAGCGCGGCACCUCUGGUCACGAAUCGCACCUGAUCUGAACUUCAAGAGCUGCAUCCUAGAUGUCUACGCAGAGGUCCUCGAUCCCGAGUUCGAGGUUAAGCUCAUUAAGAUUAACCCCUGGGGAGCUCACUCCGGCUCAGGCAGCUUACUCUUUCACUGGCUCGAUGACGUGGAAAUCCUUGAUCCUCAACAGCACCACAGCACGACUAUGAUAAGACUCGUUGAAGCAGGCGAGGCGAAAGCCCUCACGCGCGAUGAGGCGUUUCAGAUUGGUCGAGGUGGGAUUAUUGAGGACGAGCUGCGAUGUUUGAGGGAGAGAGGGCUUAAGUGGGUUCUGGAGGAUGAUAGACAUGCUGAGUUUAUGGGUUUGCCGGUGCCGGAUGGGCAGUCUGGGCUUACGACGAGGAAGGAUGGUCUUGAAAUCUUUCGGAAAGGAUUAGACGGGGAGGUCACGGGGGUCAGGCCGACGAAUCACCCGCGAUUCCUCAAGUUGAAAAGGGCAUAUGAAGCUAGCCGUUGGAGUUAG